UUGGCGGCAUUAUUUUGUACUUUCUAAGUAAUUUAAAUGCAAUAUCACUUUAAUAUUAAUUUUUAAUAGCAUGCAAAUGUAAUUAAGAUGUUAUAACAGUAGGAAUAUGUAUUUUAUGCAUAGAUUUUUCUUCACUCUUAUAAGAAAAAAUAAUUUCGUACUAACUUCGAGUUAUGGUUCAAUUUUGGUUCAAAGAAGUAAAUCACAAACGAUGAAAUACCUUAAUGUCGCGGAAAAAAAUGACGCUGCUAAGAAUAUUGCGCUUCAUUUAUCAAGAGGAACAUCAAAAAGGAGAGAAGGACUAUCCCAGUACAAUAAAAUUUAUGAGUUUGAAGCACAAGUGAUGGGACAAAAAUGCCAAAUGGUAAUGACUUCAGUAUCUGGCCAUCUUCUUGCACUAGAAUUUGCAAGUUCAUAUAAAAGUUGGCAGUCAUGUAACCCUUUGACACUUUUCGAUGCGCCAGUAAUAAAGUAUUGUCCGGAAAACUACGAAAAAAUUAAGAAAACAUUAGAAAAGGAAGUAAGAAGUUGUCAAGGCCUGAUUAUCUGGACGGAUUGUGACAGAGAAGGAGAAAACAUAGGCUUUGAGAUUGUAGAGGUGUGUAGCUCAGUUAAGAGCAAUCUGAGAAUAUACCGAGCAAAGUUCUCUGAGAUAACAUCUGUGUCGGUAAACCGUGCAUUACAGAACUUAGAGCAACCAAACAGGAAUAUCAGUAACGCUGUUGAUGUGAGGCAAGAACUUGAUUUAAGGAUAGGAGCUGCUUUUACAAGAUUUCAGACUCUGCGGCUACAGAAAGUUUUCCCAUCAAAACUGGCAGACAGUUUAAUAAGUUAUGGAUCUUGUCAAUUUCCGACAUUAGGAUUUGUUGUGGAAAGAUACAGGGAUGUAAACAACUUUGUAUCUGAAACAUUUUGGAAAAUAAAAGUAAACCACACCAUGAACAAUCUAAGUGUAGAUUUCGCAUGGGACAGAAUCAGACUGUUUGAUCAAGAAAGUUGUGAAAUCCUGCAUGAUGUGUGCAAAGAGAACCCACUCGCUAAAGUUGUGAAUGUAAGAACAAAGCCUAAGUCUAAAUGGAGACCUUUGCCAUUAGACACAGUGGAAUUGGAAAAAUUAGCAUCUCGUAAACUUAAAAUAAAUGCUAAAGAAACAAUGCGUUUAGCUGAAAAAUUGUACACUCAAGGUUUCAUCAGCUACCCCCGUACGGAAACUAAUGAGUUUCCAAAGGAGAUGAACUUGCGACAACUUGUGGAACAUCACACGGGGGACCCCAACUGGGGGGGGUUCGCUCAACGGAUACUGGAGGAGGGGGGGCCCACACCGCGGCAGGGGAGCAAGAGUGACAAAGCUCACCCUCCCAUACAUCCAACAAAGUAUACUAACAAUCUGUCGGGCAACGAGCAGCGGUUAUACGAGUUCAUAGUGCGGUCGUUCCUGGCGUGCUGCGCCAAGGACGCGCAGGGCCAGGAGACCACCGUCACCAUACACCUCGCUGAUGAGACCUUCAGCGCCAGCGGACUUAUGAUCAUCGCGAGGAAUUAUCUGGAAGUCUAUCCUUAUGAUAAAUGGUCUUCUAAAGAAAUUCACGUUUAUGAGAAUGGACAAACAUUCAAUCCGACGAGUAUCGACUUAGUGGAAGGCAACACGUCGCCGCCCAACUUGUUGACGGAGGCCGAUCUUAUCGCUCUCAUGGAGAAACACGGAAUUGGCACGGACGCGACGCACGCGGAGCACAUAGAGACGAUAAAGAGUCGUUCGUACGUGGCGCUGGCGGACGCGGUGCACUUCGUGCCGGGCGUGCUGGGCAUGGGGCUGGUGGAGGGCUACGACGCCAUGGGGCUGCACAUGGCGCGCCCCGCGCUGCGCGCGCAGCUCGAGGCUGACCUCAAAGCUAUCAGCGAAGGCACCAAGCAACCGGAUCUCGUCUUAGCUGAACAGAUAGCGAGAUACAAAGAGGCAUACAUAAUGGUGACAGCAGAAGCAGAUAAAAUAGACAAUGCGUUAGCGGAGAGGUUCAACGAACGACCUAAUGAAUACGUUCCCACUACUGAAACAUUACCAGUCAACAUGCCUACUGUAUUUAAAUGCCCAAAAUGCGGAUCAGGAAUGGUAUUAAAACAGAAAAAGAAUAAUGCGGAGGAACUAUUUUUAAGUUGUGAAUCGUAUCCGAGUUGUAAGAACGCAGUUUGGCUGCCGAAAGUCGUCAAAUCUCUAGAAGUACAAGAUAGAACUUGUCCUACGUGUGGUCCAAACUAUAAUAUAGUGAAAUUCGAAUGGCGAAACAAUUCUAUAAGUCAUUUGUAUCCGCCGCCUUACGACGGCUGUAUCGGCGGCUGCGACCCCGCCUUCCUAGAUAUACUGCAAAUAAACCCUUCCUCUGUUAAAACUGUAAACUCAAACCAAAAUAUCCCUAAUAAUAGUAGACCGAUAGUCGAAAAUCGCAUAAAUACAGCGAAUACGAAUGACGUCAGACCUCAAAGACAAACUACUAUUGGAAGCAUGCCAACUAGAAAUAGACACGCAGAGCAAAUUGCACCUACAGGUAAUAACAAUAGGGUGCAAAAUACAGCGCAGACGAGAUUGCCGACGCCGCGGGCAGUUGGCGAUGAGGAUAACAAUGUCCUGUGUGGUUGCAACAAGCCAGCAAUACAGCUCACUGUAAGAAAACAGAAUGCUAAUUUCGGUAAAAAAUUUUACAAAUGUGCAGCAAUGAGGGAAAGUGGUGGGUGUGACUUCUUUCUAUGGGCUCCGGAGUCAGAGAAUACAGUACAGAGCAGCUCGGAGACUCCGGCGGACUCGGGGCGGGGCUCCGCGAGCAGCGGGGGCUCCAGCGCGCGUGGCUGGGGCGUAGCGCCCACUUACAGCAGGACUGACUACCAGCCGAUUGACGACAAUGUGAUGUGCAACUGUGGUGUCCCUGCCAGACGUGUAACAGUACAAAAAGAAGGUCCUAACAAGGGGCGGCCAUUUUACGGAUGCCCAAAAGAAUUCAGCUCGCGGUGUAAUUUCUUCCAAUGGGCGGAUUCCGAUACUACUGUGGAGUGGAAUAAUAAUAGUGGUAGCAGUAGCAGAGGUAGAGGCCGUGGACGGGGCGGGGGCAAUACUAGCGGAAGGGGCGGAGGUAACGCUAGUGGAAGGGGCGGGGGCAACGCUAGUGGAAGGGGAGGGGGAAGUGCUGGGGGCGGAGGCGGGGGCAGGAAGUGCGGCCUCUGCAGGCAGAGCGGCCACACGAGGUCCCGUUGCCCCAACAAUCAAUAG